GAUUUCUGUCUUGCUGUUUUGUGUGUUCCUGUUUGUAAAAUCGGUUUUCCUUGAGUUUUCUUUCCGUUUCCCCGUAAUUAAGUGUACUUGUACGUGCGUUCUACCAUACUCGCAACAUUUCGGAACCCGGUAGAUAUGUUAUGAAUUGUGCCACAGAGUUGUUGUUGAUCGAUAAAACACACAGAUUAGCUACUGGUGCAAGGGAAGGGCAAUUCGGGGGGAGUCGCGAGUGUACAGAGACCAAGCUCAGGAAGCGAUCUGAUAAUGGCACGAGAGUAUGAUCACUUGUUUAAAUUGCUCAUUAUUGGCGACAGUGGUGUAGGCAAGUCCUCACUGCUGAUACGCUUCUCUGAUAAUACAUUCUCCGGAAGCUACAUCACGACCAUUGGUGUCGACUUCAAGAUACGGACAGUAAAUAUCAACGGUGAGCGAGUUAAACUGCAAAUUUGGGACACUGCUGGGCAGGAACGGUUCAGAACUAUUACCAACACCUAUUACCGGGGUACGCACGGUGUCAUCGUGGUGUACGACGUGACGAACGGCGAAUCGUUCGGAAACGUUAAACGUUGGCUGCAAGAGAUAGAAUCAAACUGUGACAUAGUCAAUAAAGUGCUAGUUGGCAAUAAAAAUGACGAUCCAACGCGCAAGGUAGUUACCACCGAAGAUGCGGAACGUUUCGCCAACCAGAUGGAGAUAAAAUUGUUCGAAACAUCCGCCAAAGACAAUAUCAAUGUGGAGGACAUGUUUCUCGCCAUUACGGAGCAGGUUCUAAGGCACAAAAAGCAAACGCAGAAGCAGCAGCAAUCGGAAACGAACAACGAUACGGUGCAGCUCAAGAAGGGCACACACAAAAAGAAAAACAAAUGCUGCUAAUAGCUCGCUGGAAGAGGUUGUAUACCUCUCGUGUUGUGUCGCCUAUGGCGACGGACUACGGAGCUGUAUCAGUUUUUUUUUGUGUUUUGUACAGUAAUAUCAACGGCAGUCGCACCCCAU